GGUUUGUUGCCUUGAGACACCCGGAAGCUGUCUGUCUUCGUUCACCGGCUUGUUGUUGGUAAAAUGGCAGAGGUCAGCCAGCGGCUCGGGACUGCAGCCUACCGGCUGGUGACCGUGGGUCCCGGCCACGUUCGCCCGCUGCGUCCCGUAAGCCCCAGCGGACUUCUCCCGAUAAACGACACCUGCAUCCAGGGACACUUUACCGAAGAAUGUGUCCAGCUAUUAAAAGGAAGAGCACUUCAGAGCAGUUCUGAGAAACUUAACAGAGUAAGACAAACUGCAACCCAUCAGAGGAAAAUGGCUUUUCUUGGCUGCACUUCUUUAAACACACAUUUAGCUCGUUUAUUCUGGCUUCCGGUCACCAGAAAGAGCCAAACCGUCACCAAAACAAACCUGCUGAUCCCGACUGGACGCCUUCAGGAGAAGCUGUUCUCAUGCGUGAAGCCCAUCUGGACCAGUGGGGCUGUUUCAACCCACCCCGACACCCGGCGGUCCCCUCAGCAGCUCAGAGCCUUCUGCACGGUCCUCCUCAUCCUCGCAGAUGACAGAUCAGGGAGCGGAGCUUCACUGACACACCCGAAGCUUCACCCUGGUGCCUGUAAAGCCUCUGCAGCAGCUAGAAGUUACAGCAGGUGGUCGGAGGAGGCUCCUCUGCUGCACAGGAGUAAAACCGCCUAUUACGACAUCCUCAAAGUGUCCCCCCGCGCUACACAGUCACAGGUCAAGACGGCCUACUACAAGCAGUCCUUCAUCUACCACCCUGACAAGAACCCGGGCAGCAAGGAAGCCACGCAGCGCUUCGCUGAGAUCAGCGAGGCUUACACCGUGCUGGGCAACGUCAGUCUGAGGAGGAAGUAUGACCGAGGCAUCCUGAGCCAGUCUGACCUGCAGAGCCCAGAGAAGCCGUCCUCCAAAGACGCAUCGAGCAGAGCCACAAGCUCCCAGCAGCAGCAGCAUUAUCGUCAGCAGAGAGCCAGGCCGUUCUCCCAAACCGGUGGUCGGCCCAUGUUUGAUUUUGACGCCUUUUUUCAGGCUCACUACGGAGAGCAGCUUCAGAAGGAGAGGGACCUAAGAGUCAAGAGGAAGCAGAUGGAGGAAGAGCAGAAGAAGAGGCUGAAAGAGUACCGGCAGGAGAAGAUGCGGGAGCUCGCCGCGUUGAUGCUGGCGACCAUGUCAGUGAUGAUCUUAAUCAAUCUGUUCAGUUCUUGACCCAGCAGCAGCAGCAGCAGCAGCAGCAGACAGUGGCUGAUGUUUCUCGGAUGGAGGCGGCGGCGGCUCAGGGUGUUCAGGUGUUGCACAGUUUGCAGCAGCAGUUGAAACUCCAAGAGUUUUCAAACUGGAUCUUUCUGAAGGAAACCUGCAGGCAUCAUAUUUAUGGCUCUUCAUCUUUCAAAUCGCCAUUGAGGCAAAACGGUUGAAUCCUUAAUGAUCGGAGACUGACUGCAUAUGAAUGAGGAGUUGUUUUUAAGCUCGUUUCAGCUUUAAGCUGCUUGCAUUUUGAAACCAUUUUCUUUUCUACAGCUAAAAAUGUGAAAACUCCGGAGAAUCUGACUUAUUAAUAGCCAAAACAAACAACAAAAAUACAGCUUUAAUUGUAGAAUUUCAACCAACAGAAGCACAAAAUUAUUGUUUUCCUGUAAAUCAUACUUGCUUUAAGUUUAAAGAUCGACAAAUCAAAAAGUGCAAAAAAAAAAAAAGUCAUUCUAAAGAAUGUGUGCUCAUAAGUUACUUAAUAUUUUGCAUAGCUUUAUUCAGCGGCUCUAAUAAUAACCCUCACUGUUCUGAUAAUGCUUGUCAUGUUGAGCAGCUUUCUGUGAUUGAACUUCAUAAACGGUGAUCUUAGAAUAACAUGGUCAACGUUUCUUCACCCAAAGCUCUGCCUCAUCAUUGGUUCAGCCUGAAACGGGUACUUUGUAAACAAUAUUGUUUACUUUUUAUUUGCAUUCUCAGCUCUCAAGCCAGGCAGCUUUUGAUUGCUUUUUCUCCAAAUGAGGCCUAAAGAUGGAAAAAGGAGGUUGCUCUUUUUAAUGGUGAAUGAUGCUCAAGCUUUUUUUCCCCCCUUUACACUGAAUAUGUAAUAGGAAAAUAAAUGCAUAUUAUAUGUAAAGAGCAAAUGUAAACAUCUGCUAGUUUCCGUAGGUGUGUAAAUGUAAAUAAAUCUACAUGCUGUACAGAAAUGAUGCUUCUGUAU